CUGACCUAAUGCAUUCAGAUAAUGUAAAUGCUUACUUCGUUCCAAAUUCAUACUAAUGACAAUGAUGGUACAAGAGUGAACGUUCAUCCCAACACAGCAGUACGCGUGUUCUAUCCAGAAGUUUGCUAUUCUUAUAGGUGUUUAUUAAAUAUUCCUAAUAAUACUUUCUAUUUCAUCUUUUAUUUUGUUAUCCAGCAUAGCAAAGGGGUGAAUCUGUUAUUCUUAUGAAACUUCAAACAGCAGAAGUAUAGUGACGUUUAUCCAAUUCCAGUGAAUUAAAGGAUUAAGAAAAUGAGAUUUACUUAUUCAUCCUUUCUGUUUAUAGCUUUAUUAAUUCAUCUGCUCGGUUUAACUAUGGGGAACACUGAAAUCAUUAAUUUUAAAGCAACACACUUAUACAACAGGAGUGAUAACUGCCAAUUAACAAUUCGAGAUAGAUCGCAAACUCUACUGUUGCAACCACGUUCUGUUGAUUCCAAAGAAGGGAUUUCCAAAUCCGCAACCACAGUUGCAUUACAUACCUGUGAAUUGAAGGAAAACGCAUGGUAUCAGUUGAGAGCUUCUUGGCCAGCUGUUUACCCUUCUGAAAUUGACCUUACCUGGAAUGGUACCCAUUGUCUUGUGCAUCUGUACGCUUCAUUCUAUUCUUCAAAUUCUUCUCUCAUGAAAAAUCCACACCCAGUUCCUGUUCAAAUCGAUCUCGAUCCACUAAUUGCGGGUUUCUUACCUAACAGCGUUAUACCCAUUGUGUUUGUGAUUACGGCAUUAGUAAUUUGUAGCAUCCCUUUUGCUUUUUUGAUUCUGCGAAAACAAAAGCAAGACUGAUAUUUAUAGAGUACAUGUUUACGUCGUCUUUUAUUGAAAGUGCCGACAAGCUGAGCGCACAUCCAAUUUUUAUCAAAUGUGUAAGCAUGAUUCUUUACUAUUUAAUUUACAAUUUUCUAAGCGGCAAAUGAAAACCACUCAGACUAAAGUUUUUGGUCUUUCGUAAGCUAAUUAGCCAUAAAAUAUC